AAUUCAACAGAAGGAGGAAGAUAGAGAGAGAGAGAGCGAGAGAGAGAGUGAGAAGGAGGAGAUUUAACAUCCUUAAAAGCAGCAGCAGUAUCUGAUAUUGGCACAGAAACAGGACGUGUGUAACUCUCAUCCUCUGACCACAAUGGCUCGCUGUGGCUUUAUUAGUCUGUGUGUGGGUGUAUGGAUCACUGCAUUCAUCAUGAGCAUCAGCGUGGAUGUGUCUCUUGGAGAGCAAGCAUUGGACUGCUGUUUGAAGGUCAGCCAUCAUCGCAUCCCAAAACGCAUUGUCGCCUGCUACCACGAGCAGCGCAAAGGUGAUGGCUGCCUCAUUGAUGCUGUUGUCUUCCGAACUCGAAAAGGCCGGGAUCUUUGCGCUCCCUCUGAAGCCGACUGGGUCAGAGAGCUGAUGAAAAAAGUGGACGAGAGGCCAGUGAAGAAAAACAAGGAUGAUAUCUGUCAAGGCAUAAAACCCUAGACUGCUUGGGAGAACACACACACACACACACACACACACACACACACACACACACACACGUGAUCUGGUGAAUAAAGCUGGAAGUUUUAGAGAUCAUGGCAGCUAAACAGAGCUAAAUUUUAAUUCUACAAUGUUUCCUGUGAUAGCAUGCAAUUUAAAUGACCUUUUUCUCUGCAUUGAAAUGCAUCUGCACCUUUAUAUUACUCCAAGUGUUUUAUUUUACUACCUAUAAGCUUUUUAAAAAUACUUUGACACCGUUCUAUUAAACUGUGAUGAAGUGGAAUCUGUUGCUUUAAUUAUAAGUCAAUCAGGAAAUGAUUAUGUGAUUAAAAACAUUUCUCAGCUCUGUGACUUUCACAUUAACUUGUUACAAACUAAAUGAAAUAAAAUACAAAGCAGAAGGAAAUUAAUGUCCAUUUUAUUUUUUUGGUUUUGUUUCUGUCCAACAACUGUAACUGUAUGAAGAAGAUAGUUUUCUUGAAAAAGCUUACUUUUAGCCUUAUUGUUAAUGAUUUCCUGUGUAUUUUGGGCUAAAAAAUUAUUUAAGUUUUAAAGGUUGUUUAUGUAUCUUUGUCUAAUGGUCAUUUGUAUUUAUUUUUUUAUCAUUUAAUUAACAUCCUUGUCGUACUGAAAUAUCAUGGACUGUUAUGAAAUCACAGAUAAUCACAAAAUAAACGUUAUUUUAGUUACAAACGUA